UGCGAGGAUACCUGCCAGGGACUCAAGAGAUGAAAGGAAGACUGAUGGACAGGAGUGUGGAGCAAGAUCUGAUUCGAGGGCUUAGUCAGAAGAAGCAAAACUUGCUCCUUGAGCUACAAAACUAUGAAGAAAACUCAAAGCAGGUGGAACUGAACACGCAGGUCAACGAGAUGGAUGGGCAAAGGGGUGUGAUCCCGGCAAACACACAGCUCCAGACUGCGUUUUCUGUCAAUCUGGGAUCAGAAAACGAAUCUGCUCAUGUAGAACUCUGCAUAUCCACAUCCAAUGACACGAUUAUCCGGGCGGUGCUGAUUUUUGCCGAAGGCAUCUUUGAGAACGAGAGCCACGUGAUCCACCCCACUCCUCAGAACCUCUCGAGCAGCAUAAAAAUCCCACUCUCCCCCCCGAAAGACGUCCCGGUGGAGCUGAACAUCAAAGCCCUUGUUGGCUACAAGAAGAG